GGACAUGGUUAUAGUGGCAUGUUGUACAGUGGCAUUGUGCUGCUGCUUGGCAAAGAAAGGUGAAUACUUGCUGAUCAUACAACUCAAGGUCAAGCAGCACAUGAUUGUUGCAGGUGUUGACGUAUUUAGCAGCAGGGUCGGCCCUGAAGCACAGUGCCUUAGUCUGUACUCUAUGUUCUACAUACUGUUGUUGACAAAAUCUGCCUUUCUGCCAAGCAUCUUAGUACUUAAAGGUAAAGAGCGUGUCAGAAUUAACCUGUGAACCUGCGUACUUCUGUUUAUCCAUGGUGAGGACGACAAGUGAAAGCAGUGGAAUGUUUCUCUACUGUUUACAUAACCUGACAUUUGUGCACUAACAGGCUUUGUCAUUGUGUUUAACAGUGGUGUUCCCUGGGUGUGUAAAAGUGUAUUCAAAUGUACUUAAGCAAAAUCAGUGAUAUAGAACAAUGAAAGAAAGCUAAAAAUAAAAAACACUGGUGGAUAAACAAAGCUAUUCAAAUCCUUCACUAGCUAUGUCACAAUGUUGAAAAAAUACUGGUUCUGCUCCAUUUGCUGCUUAUUCACCAGUUGGUAAUCUUAAUCCUGAAACUACAGACUACAGGAAAACAGGGUGAAACACAGCGGGGUAAAUGUGUAAUUCUUUAAAAGAACUGAAAACUUCAGUGACUCACGGUCGCUCUUACACUGAACACAGUAAAUAAACUGUUCAUCUGUGAUGCAACAAAGUGACUCCUCCACAUCGUUUUACAAAGAACAGUGUUUGUUUCUUUACUUCAGUCUGAACAUAUUUCCUAGGAGGCCAACAUGGUUCAGUGUUUGGUUCAACAUUAUGCGGUCAGACCAGUCGAGCUGCUGUGCGAGGCGUGCAGGGAUAUUCAUUUCAUUGCAUUAUUAGUGUGGGUCAAAGGUAUGGGCACACUUAUGAGAGGAGGUGAUAAACUUGUUUGUCAAGGCACAGUUUACUGAGGACUGCAAAUGGCGGAGUCUUUGCUUUAUCCAUAUUAAAAGGAAAAGAAUUUGACAAACUGUUGCCCGUAAACCUGCUAUGAAGUGGUAAAAUACAGCUCUGUGAGGCGAUGCUUUAACUCAGCGUUCAAAAUGAAGCCUUGUUUUGAUUUAAAAGCAGUUGUGGACUUUGAUACUUGUUGUUCGGGUUGGUUGCUCUGUAAUGAGGAAUUCAGGGCAGGGAGACUGCAUGCAUUCUCCCUGCGUGUGAGCGAGAUGUGAGAUAGACACACAAAGAGAGAGAGAGAGAGAGAGAGAGAGAGAAAGCGGGGGAGAGAGGGAGGAAGGAGGGAGGGACGUUUUGUGAGUCAGGACAGUGACGUACAAUGUGGUGCAAUUUUCACAUGAAUCAAGCACUUGAAGGCUACUUUGUCAAGGUGUGGAGCUGAAUAUUGAAAGGAAACACACUUCGCAGUGGAUUACUAACCACAGCCUCAAACAAAUGUGAAACCCAGCAAACUUCCUCGGCUCUGCUCUCACAGUUGGUCCCAGUUCACCGACCUUCACUCAAGACUAGAAUUCCCGUAAAGAUAACAUCAACAGUUAAUCUUCAACCCAAGAUAUGAUGGGGAGAAGGAUAAUCUACUUGCAUGACAAGGUUUUCGUGUUGCUCCCGAUGAAAGAUAUGAGAAGAAAAAUGCUGUAGGACUUCUACGGUGUCUUGAAGCAAAAUGUUUCUUCCUGGAUGGUCCAUCUGGUGCAUUUUAUUGACUCUACGCUUGACAGCAUGUGUUUUGGAGACUUCUGAAUAUGACAGCCAUGAAGUUAUUUGCUCACAGGGACUCUCUGAAUGCACCAUGAGAGAUGAGAUGUUUCUUACAGAAGCGGAGAACACGGUGGAUGUUCUGGACCUAAAGCCAAAUUUCAAGCUCUGCUGUAAGAACACAACAACGUGCACAUUAUGUCUGGAGAUAGACACAGAGCUCUACAUCAAGCCAGAGAAAACUACAGAAGAUGAAGGUUACUCUGGGUCUGACGAGGAGGAUUACAGCGAGGAGAUGAGGAGUCCAAAAGCGUCAGUGACAGUGUGUUACUAUACAGCCGCUACCAUGCCUAUAUGCAAGAAGGUGGAGUUUGCGGUUAAUCAUGCAGCUCUUACUCAGCAAAACUUGGCAAAGGUGUCGUUCGUGAUCACUAAGCCUGAAGGGUUUCACUUUGGCAAUCAGGUGUUUGUUUAUCCCUCUAAAUCAAUACUUCCAAGGUGUGAAGCUGUUGCUCCAUCUCUAGAGGAAGUGUGCUCCCAGCAGCUGAGGAGACGUGUACCAAAGUGUCUCGUGCCCACCGUCACGACUGUCAUAAACCAAGAGAUGAACCAGGUGAAGCUGCAGUUUGAGGGCAGGAAAACAACCCUUCCCUCUGUGUGUGUCCAGUACGAGCAGGAUGGAAUCUGCCAGAGCUGGAACACGACGACCAUCCCUCUGUACUCUGUGGCCCCCUGCCUGUGUCUCCAGGUUUGGGAUGAGGAUGACCAGAGGUCUGCUCGCUCUGUACACUGUCCCUUCAACAACACAGAUUUUCAACAUAUCUUCCAAAAGAACCCACGGCAAAAUGUGUCUGUGUCUGUGAUUUUACGUGAGGUACGCAGCUUGGGCACGAUGCUGUUUUGGAACCUGUCUGCCCCCUGCAGGCUGCAGGGUGACGUGUGGGUUUGUUACGGAGGAAACAGCUGCAGGCAGAAAAAUACAGUCAGUCAACAGCAGAUAAAUGGCACAUGGAGACAAAACAGCAAAGGACACUGGGAGAAUGCAGGAGUGUUUGAAAACAUCGAACCACAGCGUUCCCCAUGUGUGAUGGUGAAAAUAAAGGGAAUGGAACAUGAGAUGGGUCCAUUCUGUCCUAAAGACACUGGCAGGGAGCACUGGAGUCUCCUUGUUGUCGGUGUUGUGCUGCUGGUUUGCUUGACUGUGCUCAUGUUUUAUUUCCUUCAUGACUUUGUCAAGAAAUGGGUGUGGAGCUGGCGUCAUGGUGGAUUUGUGAAACUUGGCAGAAAAGGCCAUGUGGUGCUGCUGAGCCCCCCGGACGUGGAUGAUGGUGUGUCAGAGUCAGUACGUCAGCUGUGGUCCCUCCUCUGCGACCAGGGCUUCAGUGUGUCUGUGGACAUGUGGAGCAGGAAGGAGCAGUGUUCUCUGGGGCCUCUGCCAUGGCUGCACUCACAGCUUCUAAAGAUCAACAGCCUGGGCGGUCGAGCUUUGCUGGUUUUGAACUGCAAAGCUUUGGAGAGAACAGAGGAAUGGACCCACUCGAGUAAAGAUGCCAUGGAGACGAAGGGGGAAGAGAAGCUUCCAGCACACCAAAGAUCUCCUUACCAUGACAUGUUCACGGCCUCCCUGUUCCUCAUUCAAGCGGACAAGCAGCUGGGCAAAGCUGGUGAACGAUUUGUUCUGGUGAAAUUUGACUCUCACACCAAACAGACUCACAGCAGUGACAGGAGUCUUCCAGAGCUCCUUCAGGGUUUGCCUCUGUUCCAGUUCCCCUCUCAGACUCAGUCCCUCCUGGCUGAACUAACUGUGGUACCAGCUGAGAGGACGUCAGGUGAAAAGACCUGGACGACGUGAUAGUGGGACACAUCAGAUGGACGAACUCUGUAGCAAAGACUGAAAAGGAGCCAAACCAGCAGAUAUAAUCUAUAUGUAAAUAUCCUGAACUUGAGACAUUUGAAUCACCUAUAAAUGUCAUGAUGAACAUUAUUGUUGCUCCGUGUGCAUGAAGAGCAUGUUCACCUGAGACUGUGAAGCUCAAGUUUUCAAAAAUGAUAAUAAUAACGUUUGUCUGUUUAUAAGAUGCAAAAUAACUGCCAGAAGCAGCUGGGUAUUGCAAUUUUUGGCAUCCAUUACUAAACAAGGAAUUUAUUUUGGAGCAUUUCCAGCCACAGAAAUGAGUAUUUACUGCUGCAGGAAAUAAACAACCCACAGUGACUGUUUUCAUUGCAAUGAAGGAACAACAGUGUGAUUUAUUGAUGCCAGGCUGACUACAGCAUAGGAAUGUGGUUCAACAAUAACAAACUGCAUCCGCCUUUCACAGCACAGAUUAUGAUGGAUUCAUUGUUUGUUUUGGUCCUUUCAUGAUAUUUGUUGACCAUAAGAUAAAUAUAGAAAAUAUCAUUGUGAAUGAAUUAAAUAUGACAUUAUUUCUACUUCAA